UAAAGUACAGCAAACUUAUCACAGAAACUAUAUGGAGGUCAAAUUAGGAUUAGUUGCAGGCUCUCACAAUAGCAACGAGUUCAUCAUCUUCAACAAUCCAGAUGCCAAUUUUUCCGCAAGAAGAGAGGAGAAGGAGGAAGAAAGAGGGAAAGGGUGCAAAAUAUGUGGAGAUGAGAUAGGCAUAAACGAAGAAGGAGAGGUUUUUGUGGCGUGCAAUGAGUGUGCCUUCCCCGUUUGUAGGAACUGUUAUGAGUAUGAGAGAAGAGAAGGCAGCCAUGUGUGUCCCCAGUGCAAAACCAGAUAUAAACGUCUCAAGGGGAGUGCUAGAGUUGAGGGAGAUGAGGAGGAGGAUGACGUUGAUGACUUGGAAAAUGAGUUUGAUUUCAAUGGACCAGGAAAAGAAGAGGAUAUGCACGUCCGCGUUUACUGUCAGGUUGAAGAUGUUGAAAUGGGAGAAGGGCACAAUAAUAUUAAUGCAAUAGUGCCUUCGAGCAUGGGCAAUAAGGUAAUUUCAAUUCAAGCAAGACCUAUGGAUCCUUCCAAGGACUUGGCUGCCUAUGGUUAUGGUAGUGUUGCUUGGAAGGAGAGAAUGGAACUUUGGAAGCAGAAACAAGAGAAGCUGCCUCUCAUGAGAAUUGAAAAUGACAGCACUCAUGAAGAACAUCAAGAUAAUUUUGCAGAUGAUGGCAAUGAUUUUCCUGUAAUGGAUGAGGCAAGACAAGCAUUGUCGAGAAAGAUGGCAAUUCCAUCAAGCAAAAUAAACCCUUGCAGAAUAAUGAUAAUAAUUCGAGUGGUGAUUCUGGGAUUCUUUUUUCAUUAUAGACUGACACAUCCUGUGGACAAUGCAUUUGCUUUAUGGCUUGUCGCUGUUAUAUGUGAGCUUUGGUUCGCUAUUUCAUGGAUUCUUGAUCAGUUUCCUAAGUGGUUCCCUGUUCAAAGAGAAACAUAUCUAGAUAGGCUCUCCUUAAGGUAUGAGAAAGAUGGCGAGGCUUCACAACUUUGUGGAAUCGAUAUAUUUGUGACUACAAUGGACCCACUGAAAGAGCCUCCUUUGGUUACUGCAAACACGAUUUUUUCAAUUCUUGCAGUGGAUUACCCCCCCGAGAAGGUCUCAUGCUACGUAUCUGAUGAUGGUGCUGCAAUGUUAACAUUUGAAGCGUUGUCUGAAACUUCUGAAUUUGCAAGGAAAUGGGUACCUUUUUGUAAGAAAUUCAAUAUUGAGCCCCGGGCUCCAGAGUGGUAUUUUGCAGAGAAAGUAAAUUACUUGAAAGAUAAGGCACACCCAUCAUUUGUUAAAGAGAGAAGAGCUAUGAAGAGAGAGUAUGAAGAGUUCAGAGUUCGAAUUAAUUCUCUGGUUGCAAAGGCUCGGAAGGUCCCUGAUGAAGGAUGGACAAUGCAGGAUGGAACAAUGUGGCCUGGAAAUAAUGUUAGUGACCACCCUGGGAUGAUCCAGGUUUUUCUUGGACAAUAUGGAGGACAUGACAUGGAUGGAAAUCAAUUGCCAUGCUUGGUAUAUGUUUCUAGGGAAAAGAGACCUAAAUUCAAACACCAUAAGAAAGCAGGAGCAUUGAAUGCAUUGGUUAGAGUUUCUGCUGUGCUUUCAAAUGCUCCUUAUGUAUUAAACUUGGACUAUGACCAUUACAUCAACAAUAGCAAAGCUAUAAGGGAAGCAAUGUGCUUCAUGAUGGACCCAUUACAAGGCAAAAGGGUAUGCUAUGUUCAAUUCUCUCAUAGGUUUGAUGGAGCCGAUAAUAAUGACAGAUAUAACAGUCCAACUACUGUAUUUCUUGAUAUUAACAUGAAGGGCUUGGAUGGGAUUCAAGGUCCUAUAUAUGUUGGGACAGGAUGCGUAUUUAAAAGGCAUACGCUAUAUGGUUAUGAUGCUCCGAGAAGAAAGAAGACUCCAACCAAGACAUGCAAUUGUUGGCCAAAUUGGUGUUGUUGUCUAUAUUGUUGCUUAAGAAAUAAGAAUAAAAAGUCAACAAAUUCAAGGUUUGACUUUAAAGAUAGUACAAAAGUGCAUGCAGAGAUAUCAACGGCAGACGAUGCUUUGACUUGUAUUGGACAGGGAACCAAAGGAGUUGGAGGGCAAGUUUUGGGUGAAACAUUUGAGCCAAAGUUGUGGAAGAAAUUUGGACAAUCUCCUGAACUUAUUGCAUCUACACUUCUAGAGAAUGGUGAGACAGUAAAAGAUACUAGCCUUGCUUCUCUACUUAAGGAAGCCAUCCAUGUCAUUAGCUGCAGCUUUGAGGAGAAGACUGAAUGGGGAAAAGAGGUUGGAUGGAUCUAUGGUUCAACUACAGAGGAUAUACUAACAGCAUUUAAAAUGCAUUGCCAUGGAUGGAGAUCCAUAUAUUGUAUCCCUGAAAGGCCUGCGUUCAAAGUUCCGGCACCAAGAAACCUUUCAGAUGGUUUGCUUCAAGUGUUUAAGUGGGCACUAGGAUCCACUGAGAUACUCUUGAGCAAAUAUUGCCCUCUUUGGUAUGGCUAUAGAGGAGGAUUGAAGUGGCUAGAGCGUAUUUCUUACAUAAAUGCUGCUGUUUAUCCAUGGACAUCUAUUCCUCUUGUUGCAUAUUGCACUCUUCCUGCAGUUUGCCUGCUCACAGGAAAAUUUAUUGUUCCUCAGCUGAAUAGCUUUGAUGGCAUGUGGUUUCUCUCACUUUUCAUCUGCAUAUUUGCCACAAGCAUACUAGAGAUGAGAUGGAGUGGAGUUACAAUUGAUGAGUGGUGGAGAAAUGAGCAAUUCUGGGUUAUAGGAGGAGUAUCAGCACAUUUAUUUGCAGUAUUUUUAGGACUAUUCAAGGUGAUAGCUGGUAUGGAUACAAAGUUUAUUGUGAAAUCAAAAGCAAGUGAUGAUGAAGACAAAGGCUUCUCUGGGCUUUUUGCACUGAAUUGGACCAAUUUGCUGAUUAUACCAACCACGUUGCUAAUUUUGAAUCUUAUUGCCAUUGUUGCAGGCGUGUCACAUGCAAUUAAUGCUGGUUUUGAAUCUUGGGGUCCUGUAUUAGGAAAAAUAUUAUUUGCCUGUUGGGUAAUAUGUCAUUUAUACCCUUUCCUUAAGGGUAUGAUGGGGAGGCAAAACAGGACUCCCACCAUUGUUCUUGUUUGGUCGAUUUUGCUUGCUUCUUUCUUUUCUGUUUUGUGGGUCAAAAUUGACCCUUUCUUACCCAAAUCCAGUGGUCCAAUCUUGGAGGAGUGUGGAUUGGACUGUGAUUAGCUUCAUCCUUUACUUUUCUAAGCUCACUGACAUGGGUGAUGACAAGGGCGUUUGGAUUAGUUUUUUGGAA